AUGGAGAUCUCCAAAUGGCCGAACGUUUGUGCGCAUCGCGAGCUCUUGGUGGUCAGCCAGCAGCACCCCUGCAUCCACGCCUCCACCCGCCUGGUCAGAGUGUGGAAGCCCAGCUGUGGGAGGCAGCCGUGGUGCCUGAGCUACACGUGGAGGACGGUCUACCGUGUGGAGCGCAGGCAGGUCAACCGCUUGCGGUACCAGACGGUGCACGCAUGCUGCCCAGGGUGGGCUCAGCGCGGAGAGGACACCGGCUGCUUUUAUUAUGUGAACGAAUGUGAAUUUGGAAAUGCCGGCUGUGAGUCCCAGUGCUGUAACACCUUUGGAAGUUUUUACUGCAAGUGUCCUGAAGGGUCGAAGUUGAAGGAUGAUGGGAAAUCCUGUCAAGAUGUCGACGAGUGCGAGAUUCACAACGGGGGCUGCCAGGACAAGUGUGUAGACACUCUGGGCUCGUACCACUGCGAAUGCAAGCUGAACUUUCGCCUGCACACAGACGGCCGGACCUGUUUGGGUAAAAAUCCAUGUGCUGACGGGAACGGCGGCUGCAUGCACAGAUGCCAGAAUCUCCAGCGGGUGGCCCACUGUGGUGGUCACCCUGGAUACAGGCUGGCCAGUACGAAGAAAGCAUGCGAAGAUAUCAAUGAAUGCGCAACAGGAAGUGCUAGGUGUGCGCACGAUUGCAUUAACACCCAGGGCUCCUUUAAAUGCACGUGUAACCCGGGCUACGAGAUAGGAGCAGACGGCAAGCAGUGCUACCGGAUAGAAAUGGAAAUUGUGAACAGCUGUGAGAACAAGAAUGGCGGCUGCUCACACCUUUGCCACCACACCAGCUCUGGCCCCGUCUGCAGCUGUAAUUUCGGAUAUCACCUGGAAAAAGACAAGAAAACAUGCAUUGAUACGGAAGAAUGCAUCACAGGCUCGCAUUGCUGCCAGCAGGAGUGCUACAACUACCCAGGGGGCUAUGAGUGUGUGUGCUAUGCUGGUUAUCGGCUCCAGGCCGACGGAUGCAAUUGCAGCGAUGUGGACGAGUGUUCUUUGGAUAAUGGAGGCUGCCAGCAGCUGUGCCAGAACCUCAUGGGAUCGUUCCAUUGCGGCUGCCAGACCGGCUACAAACUGGAUGACGACCGAAGAAGCUGCCUUCCGCUUGAGGACCGCCUGGGGGUUCCGGAGAGCUGGCAGGACUUGAUCCACCCUCUCCCGCACGUAUCGGUUGUGUGGGAUGAGCGUUUCCAGCGCCUCGGAGUGCAUGAGGAGGAAGAAGACGAGGCAGAAGCGAGGGGAGAACACACGCUGUCGGAGAAAUUCGUCUGCUUGGACGGCACGUUUGGCGACGACUGCAGUUUGACAUGUGGGCAGUGCCUGAACGGAGGGGCCUGCACUGAGGACCGGACGGGCUGUGACUGCCCAGCUGGGUGGACUGGAAUCCUCUGCAACCAAACCUGUCCAGAAGGCACAUUUGGCCGGAAUUGCAGCUCCACCUGUCGCUGCCAGAAUGGAGGUACCUGCGACCUGGUGACGGGGGCAUGCCGCUGCCCACCUGGAGCCAGUGGAACCCAGUGCGAAGACAGCUGCCCAAGAGGAUUUUUUGGGAAGCACUGCAGAAAGAAAUGCAGAUGUGCCCACCGGGGCCACUGCCACAAGCACUACGGAGCCUGCCUCUGUGAUCCAGGCUUGUACGGCCGAUACUGCCACCUGGCUUGUCCCAAAUGGGCCUACGGCCCCGGGUGCUCAGGGGAAUGCCAGUGCGUGCAGCCCAACAGCCGGGACUGCGACAAAGAGGACGGGGCCUGCCGGUGCAAGCCUGGCUACGGGGGCCAACGGUGCGAAACAGCCGGCAUGAAGGAAAAGUGA